UCAAUGGAAAUUUUGUUGAUUUAUACAUAUAUGAAUAUCUAGGGUUAGGGUUUCAAGAAAAAAAUUGGGGGUUAUUAUGAUUGCUCAAAUUAGCCUUCCUAAUCCUGAAAUUAAGUCCAAUAUUGACAGGUUUAGGAUGUUUGUAGAUAUAAGGAGGGAGAGUUUUUAUGUAAACCAUAAUUUCUAAUUUAUUUCUGCCAAUUCUUGAAGUUCGACUAAAAAUUUGGAGAACGUUUAGUGCCCUACUAAGAUUGAUUUUUUAAUGGAUGCAAAAUUGUGUAUUUUUCACUCCUGCAUGCACUUGAACAUUCUAUUAUUGCUUGCAAACUGAUGUAAUAGAUGAUUUAUUUGUUGAUUCUUCAACUAAAUUAGGCAUUUGAAGUUGUGAAAGCAAUCACCGAGUUUAAACAACGUUUAGUUUAUAGAUCUUAUACAUAGUCUUUUCUGUUUUACUUAUCUGUAUGAUAUAAAACCUCUUCUUUGUUAUUAUUAGAAUUGACCUUGUUUAGAGGAUUGGAUUUGGAAUUGGAAAACCUAGAACAUCAAAAUAACUUAUUUCUUUGUGGGCAAGCCACUUCUGUAUCGGUGGAUCUGUAAUCACUCAUAUUACAGUGGCAUUGUAGAGGAUGCUCAUACUAUAUGUGUCUGUAAUGUGUAUGUGAUGCUCAUACUACAAGUAUAUGUGUCUGUAAUAUGUAUGUAUAUAUAAGUAAAUGAUAGUAUGUUAACUUUGGUAAAAUGAUUUUAAAUAUCUUUGUUAGCUGUAAUAUGUUUUGAUCAUCAAUGCKUUGUGGAUCUUUCUAGAUGAAUGCCUAAUAGGAAAAAGGUAUUUGUAACUUAUGUGUAAUAUUAACGAAACUUAGUUGGUAAAUUAUCUGUUUUUCAAAUUUUCCUACUCCAUAGUUUCUGUUUGUCACUUUCCUUUUAUAUGGUUCAGGGUAACAUGCUGUGCGAAUAAUGAUUUUUUUGUUUCGGCCAGAUGUUCUAAGUUUCAUUGAAGAUUGGAUGAGUUUUCUAUCUCUUAAAGAUCGAAUGGUGAUCGGCUUUGUGUUGAUAUAGGAAAAUCUGCUGUUAUGAUGUUUCUUCAUUUUAAUGUUUUCUGUUAUAUCUAUUGUUCAUUUUUGUGUGUUCUUUUGUAUAAUACUUCUCAUUCUUAGGAGUUUGAUUCUUUUCUUAGCAACCACCUAGAUGGAACACAAUAAUCAUGUGUUUAUUUGUAUUUCUUUAGGUUUCAAAAAUACCAAUUUAGGGUUUCCGAUCUUGACUAAUAUGCGUUUGUGUACGUAUCUGUAUAGCAGCUGCCAUUAUUGCCCUCACCAUCACACAACACUACCAACUUUGUGUUUACCUCUAGAAUUUGUCGCAGGUUGUGAUGGGAACCAAACGGGCCUUUGAUGAAGAUCUGCAGGAGUUGAUUAAGCACCCAAAAAAUCUUGAUCAUGGCAAUAAACCGGUUUCAUUUGAAGAAAAUAAAUUUCCCCUCGAAACAUUUCAAGAUGUUGGGAUUGCAGGUGAAAGUGGAUGCAAGUACGGAAAUACAGAUGAUGACCCAGAAAGUGAAAACGUCGUGACUGUCCCUGAUAUGGUUGACAAGGAGUUCGAUACUAAUGCACCAUUACCAUUGGUGACGGGAAUCAGCACUGGUGAAAAUGGUUCUAUAUCUGGGCCUGUGUUCUGUGCUAAUCUUUUCUCUGAGUUAUUCGAAUACAACUUUCCAAGGCGACAACUUUUUCAUUAUGAUGAUAUGCACCCAUCAUUGUUGAAUAAUCCGCGGAAAGAGAUUCCUGUUGGACCAGAUCAUCAGGCCGAUAUUCCUGAAUUCGACACAGAGCUCGCUAGAAAUUAUAACAAAAACAAUGGUGGAAUGGAAAGAUUCUUGGGAGUUAGUGUCAUUCCAAUGCCUAAUUCCAACUCCAAUUAUUUAACUGAAGAUGAUGAAGCUUCGGAUAUCCGAAAAGGUUGCGAGUGUUUGGAUGGUGGUUCAAUUAGAUGCGUGCGACAACAUGUCAAAGAAUCGCGGUUGAAACUAAGAGAAUCUCUUGGGGUUGAAAAAUUUGUUGAUCUAGGAAUGCUUAACAUGGGCCAAGAAGUUGCGUGCAGGUGGACCGCAGCAGAAGAGCGAAUCUUUCAUGAUGUUGUUUAUUUGAACCCUGCAUCUCUCAGCAGAAUGUUCUGGAAUCAACUUUCGAUGACUUUCCCUUCUCGAUCAAAGAAGGAACUCGUCAGCUAUUACUUCAACGUGUUCAUCCUUCAUAGACGGGCUGUUCAAAAUCGAUCAAGAUUGUUGGAAAUUGAUAGCGAUGAUGAUGAAUGGCGUGGAAACUAUGGUGGGAUAUCUGCGGUUGGAAUCGAAGGUCAUGAUUUUGUUCUUGGUGGAUCUUUCGCUAGCCACGGAGAACACGAUGAUUCUUCUUCUGAAGAUGACAUUGACAACAAUCAAAACAACGAUGGCGAAGGAGAAGGAGAAGGAGAAGGUGAAGGUGAUUUUGUUAUCGGUCCUACAGAUGACUCAUUUACUUCCUUUGAAAACCAACCUCUCCACCCCAACUCCUCCAAGAAAGUUGAUCUAAAAUCAUCUGUCGAUAUGCAUGAAAACAAGGUUACAACCGAUGAGGGUGAAAAUGGUCAUUUGGGAUCAGAAUAUGGUUUUCAAACAUCUGAUGCCAAGGCGUGGGACCCACCGUACUCUUCGGCGCCAACAACCAAUGGUCUUGAUCUUCAGUCUACAUGCAGCAUAAUCGAAGAGAUCUUCGGGUGUUCAAAAAAUGGCAACAACAGUAUCCAGUAAGACAAAAAUGUUCGACUGUAUGCGAUCUUGUUUCUUGCCAUUUCAGGUAACUUGUUUCGGUUCCCAUUCUUCUUUCUGUACAUUAUUUUUCUUGGCACUCGAUCGGUUUUUGAUUUCGUUUUUGACAUCGUUGUUGGCGAGUUGCACAUACAGAUAAUUGGAAUUUGGGUUUCCGAUUCCUUCUUUCUCGUUCGGUUUUCAAAUUGCUGUUAGGACUCUUCUUUUUGUUGCUUUUAAAUGUAUAGCAUUGGUGGGAAGAA